AUGGCCACUGCCGCCCUAAGGAGGAUGAGGGGAGCCCAGCAAGCGAAACUGCGGCCGAGGCCAGCCAUCCAGGUCCCCGGAGGGCUGGUGCUGCCGCUGGUCCUGGCACUUCUGCUUGCGUCCGCCACCACGUCCAGUGCUCUAUCACAGACUGAUUCACUGAGCCAGACUGUACUCAAGACACAUGUUUCUACUCCAAAUACGAAUGCUUUAACAAAUGAAAACCAAACCAAACCUUCUAUUUCCCAAAUCAGCACCACUCUCCCUCCCACAACUAGUACAGAAAAAAGUGGAGUGGCAUCUCUGUCCCCUCAUCCCUCGCCUACUACUUCUCUGUCCCAAGAGGAAGCUGAUAACAAUGAAGAUCCUAGCACAGAGGAGGAGGAUCUUCUCACACUGAAUAGUUCUCCGUCCACUGCCAAAGACACUCUGGACAAUGGAGGUUAUGGAGAACCAGACUACGACUGGACCACCAGCCCCCGGGACGAUGAGUCCAAUGAGGCCUUGGAAGAAAACAGGAGCUAUAUGGAAAUUGAACAGUCAGUGAGACCUUUUAAGACCCCACCCUCAAAUAUAGAAGAAGAUAGCCAUUUCUUUUUCCAUCUUAUUUCUUUUGCUUUUUGUAUUGCUGUUGUUUAUAUUACAUAUCACAACAAAAGGAAGAUUUUCCUUCUGGUUCAAAGCAGGAAAUGGCAUGAUGGUCUUUGUUCCAAAACAGUGGAAUAUCAUCGUCUAGACCAGAAUGUUAAUGAGGCAAUGCCUUCUCUGAAGAUUACCAAUGAUUAUAUAUUUUAAAGCACUGUGAUUUGCGUUUGCUUAUUAUGUAAUUUUAUUUGCUUGACUUUUUAUAUGAUAUUGUGCAGAUGUUCACCAUUGGCAGUUAGUACUUAAAUGAGAGGUGGGCCUCUCUUUAUUUUGCCUUGGUGCUUUGGAAGUUAAGUAUCAUGAACAAGGAGUAUAUAAUUUUUUUAUCUACAUUUUUAGAGUUGAAUUCAAUCAGGUGUCCAAAAUGUGGAGCUAAGCAUUACCUGUUUUUAUUGUUUUAGAUUUCUUUAUUGUGCUUUUUCUGGAAGUGUUAGUAAUGCUACUUUUAAAAGAUCCCAAACUUACAAUUAAAUUCUAACACAUUUGAUACUGCUGACUCAG